GAAUUAUAUCUUGCUCCCAAAAUUAAUUUAAAGCAGACAUAGUUCCGUCACUAGAUUUCCAGCGCUUUGGAGCUAGCAGCGAGGAAGUGAUUCCUCUUGCGGCGCGAUUUCAUCUUUGAUAAAUCAGCCCGGAAGAACUGGGAACGUUAGGCGAUGAUGAUACGGUAAAUCAAGGUGAGUUUCCUGUGUCACCGCAGGAAUGCCGGGUGGAGACUAUGGGGAGCUCGGGGGCAGCCUCCCUGCCAUCGCCUCCCUGAAUGCUUCCUACUCUACGUCACUGUCCCUCCCUUCCCCGUACCUGUUGGUAACCCCCACAGAGCGCAAGACCAUCUCCGAUGUACGCCGCACCUUCUGCCUCUUCGUGACAUUCGAUUUGCUCUUCAUCUCCCUUCUGUGGAUUAUAGAGCUGAAUAUCUCCAGUUCAAUCUGGGACAGGUUAAAAAAUGAGGUCGUCCUUUAUAACUAUAGGGAUUCCUUCUUUGAUAUCUUUCUUCUCGCUGUGUUUCGUUUCCUGUGUUUGCAAGUGGGCUAUGCUGCUUUUCGGUUGAGGCAUUGGUGGGUUAUUGCGGUUACCACCUUAGUGACCAGCGUCUUCCUAGUUGUUAAGGUCAUCGUGUCUAGUCUCCUAUCCCAGAAUGCCUUUGGCUACGUGAUACCCAUCACAUCUUUCGUGGUGGCCUGGCUGGAGACCUGGUUCCUUGACUUCAAGGUGCUCACUCAGGAGGCUGAGGAUGAGAGAGCCUACCUGGCAGCGGUGAACGCAGCCUGCGAGCGAGCGCCCAUGAUCUACCCCCGCGCUGUUUCAGACGGACAGUUCUACUCUCCGCCUGAGUCCAUCGCAGGCUCUGAGGAGGAUCUGGACGAGGAGGGUCUUGGACGCAGAGCUGUCACUGCACAGGAAAAGGAGUAUGUGAGACAGGGUCGUGAGGCCAUGUCUGUGCUAGAACAGAUCCUAGCCCAGGAGGAGAACUGGAAGUUUGAAAAAAACAAUGACAUGGGAGACUCCGUCUAUACUCUGGAGAUUCCAUUCCAUGGAAAGACUUUCAUUCUGAAGGCCCUUAUGCAGUGCACUGCGGAGCUGGUGUAUCAGGAGGUGAUCCUGCAACCAGAGAAGAUGGUCCAGUGGAACAAAACUAUUUCUUCCUGCCAGAUCCUUCAGAGGGUUGAUGACAACACUCUGGUAUCAUAUGAUGUCUCCUCAGGAGCAGCAGGGGGAGUGGUGUCUGCGAGGGACUUUGUUAACGUGCGACGGGUGGAGCGCAAACGAGACUGCUACCUGUCUGCUGGCAUGGCAACUGACCACGACGCCAAACCUCCAAUCGGCCGCUACGUCAGGGGGGAGAACGGUCCUGGAGGAUUUGUGGUCCUAAAAUCCAGCAGCAACCCGUCCGUGUGCACCUUCAUCUGGGUCCUCAACACAGACUUGAAGGGCCGACUGCCCCGCUACCUCAUCCACCAGAGUCUGGCCGCCACCAUGUUUGAAUUCAUGUCCUAUUUACGCCAGCGCAUCACUGAGCUGCGGCCGUCUCUCCGCUCCCUCCACCAAACCUAAAACAGGAGAGACCUGUAACUGUAUCCCAGCUGGUUGAGAGGAGUCACUGCUUUCAGUGGACUCCAGAAGUGGCCGUAGCAGUACCCUGAGCUGAAGGGACAUGCCACCGUGACUGAAAAUGCUGGACUUCUGAGCAUAGGAGAUGAGAGACAUGUGAACACACAUUCACCACAUUUCAGUCACAAUAGAGUUAUUCCGAUUUCAAAGAUGAAACUCCAGCAGUUGGUGUGGUCAUGGUUUUUUGUGGACCUGUAUAUGUUUUGAUGUGUCUCUUUAAGUGCAGUAAGAGCUGUUUCCUCAAAAUGACAUGACAGGAUCACUGAAACAAGGAAACAUUAAUGAAGAUAUCCCUCUCAACAGAAGCGGUGCAUUAGCAUGAAGCAGCUGUCUCUCUGAGCCUUAUAUCACUGCACACAUUGCUAGCCAUUUUUUCUUUGUUUAGAUUAUUUUGUGUGCAUGUUUUCACUGCAGCAUCUUGCAUAUGUUUCUCUGCACCUGCCCUAACACUGAUCCCUCACAGUAUAUUGUUCUCUCCACUGGGAUAGGUGUGGAAACAAGUCACCCUUCAGUCCUAUCCCCACCAGAGGGAGACGUCACUGAAAACCUCUGAGUUGGACAUGAUAUCCUAUCCCAGUGCACAAAAAUCUGUCUGCUACAUUUAAUCAACCUCAACUGAGAGUCAGAUCAGGAGGCUGUUCUGUGUUGCAAAUAGAUUAUUGAGCUCAUUAACAAAAGAUGAGCGUACAUUUGGCUGCUUUGUACUUACUAGAGCUGUCUUUGGUGCCAAUGAACUCCCGUGGCCUUAUGUUAAUAAGCUGACUUUUCCUCAUCAAACAUUAUAACUCAUGUACUAAUAUGUUUUCUCUCCUCCAUCAGACCUGAGAUGUGGCACUGAAUGAUGUUUUGCUUUCAUUUCUUACCUCUUGGAGCAUAAUGUUCUACUUCUAUUUAAUUAGAUAAUGUUUCCCCUGGCUGAAGCUUUGUUUCAAAUUCUGCACCUUGGAAAAGGGGGAUUUCUCUUUGCCUAUGUAACUACACGGGCCCUCAGCGAGACCUCUGCUGAGGCGGAUUCUAUUGGUUAAUAAUAAUGUCUGCGUCAGAUCCAUGACUCCAUUAUGUAAUCGGUUCUCCAUUGGCCUGAACCAACACUCGUGAAAAUCUGGCUUGUAAUUAUUUUAUCAUCCAGCUGAAAAACAAACAAGCAAAACCGAAAAUUAACCGCCUUAGAGAAAGAAAUAAAACAAAAAAAGGACUGACCUCUGAUCAUUGGUUCAGAUGACUUUAGAGACCAAAGAGAGUCACUUUUAAAUGUAUCAACAAUUUGGUGCCUUUAUCACAGACACAACGUCAGCCUUUUCUUUUGCUUUGCAUUUAUUUUAUACUGUUGAAUCAAUGUAUGCUUAUAGAGCCGGUUUAGAGUACUUUUUCUUUUUGUAUAAUACUUUUGAACGUGUUUAGCAAUGAAUCAUCCAACAUGUUAAUUUAAGGCCAUCACAUCAGUACUGACCAACCGUUUUUGAGUCUUAACCAGUGUCUUAUGUUGAAUAAAAUCUAUGAACUCA